UGUCUGAAUACAAUACAGAAAGAAAAAAAUAGAAACUAGUUUUCAUUUUUGUUUGUUCAACACACAAUUCGUUUGCCAUUCGAUGCCUCAAUCUGCGGCUAUAAAAAAAGGCUACAGACUGCGACGUCUGCCACAUCGUCGCUUUCUUGUGCGCCACUUGCUGUUGAACAUUUUGCAAUUGUUGCUGCAAUCGAAGCGUCCGAUGCGCGACAUUGAAAUCAUCUCAUCGCUCUGUCGUCAAUAUGAACGCUUCGAUCCCGCAUUUCAGCAUCAGGUGCGCAUCAAUCUGUUGGAUGCCGUUGACUAUGGCCUGGUGAAGCGAUGUCAAUUGGAUGUGUUCGCGUUGCGUGCGAAGCGUUUUGCCCAGAUCAUCGAGCAACUCAAAUUUCCAUAAAAUGUGAACUCAAAUCAACAAAUACAACAAUAUACUAUAGUAUAUUAUGAUUGUUUGCCGAAUGGAUUAUUACAUAGUAGAUUUGGUAGCCUGCAGGUUGCAGGAGCUGAACACAACACAAAAGCUCUCAAUUAAAUGAUUUCGAUGGCAUUUAAAUCGAUAUUUGCAUUGCAUGUGAAAUAUUGUAAUAGAAAUGGAAAAUAUUUGGUGAAUAAAAUGCAACAAAAAUGCCAAAUAAACUGGCAA